GGGGCCCUCCUGGGGGGGGAGGUCAGGACUCCAGAGAGCAUGCAGGAGUGCGAGGACUUCAUGAAAUCUGUGGGAACGGGUCCAGGGAUCUGAGCUUGGACCUGAAGGGAGAGGCCAGGUGGGGCUUCCUCGCAGCUGUAAGUGUGGUUCUCAGGUGGGCUCCCUGGCGCAUGGAGGCCCAGCCCCGCCCAGGCCCUGUACCCCUCCCGCCUCUUCCCCGGCCCUUCUCUGCAUGCCCAGGCGCCGUGUGCAUGGCCCCAGGUGAACGCAGUUGGAGCAGUGCCACUUCCUACACACAAGAGCGUUUGAGGCUCUUCCCCCUGCUCCCCCAGCCCACUGCGCCCACCAGCAGCCAGCUUGGGGGCUGGCACAGAGUGGGAUCUGGAAAGCAGGAGCGGGGUGAUCAGGGAGGCAGAAAAGCUCUGGGAGGAUUCAGAGCUGGGAUGACGGGGCUCUGAGGGAGGGGGACAAGGAGAGGGAGGUAGGGCUGGGCUGCAGAGCGUCCCGGGGAUGAGGCCCGGGAAUGCCGGGACAACUCCGAAACGUCCAGCCGGGAGGGGCGCUCCCGGCGCCUAGGGUUGCUUCCCGAAGGCUUCUUACGGGCCAGAAGCCAGGCCCGUCCCUGGACCUGGGCAAAGGGUGGUGCCAAUGAUAGAGGCGGGAAGUUCAGAAAUAACGCCAGAGGCCUCUGCAGAUCCAGGGGCCGGGUGCGCUGCUUCCCGCCUGAAAGCGACCUGCGGCGAGCAGUUAAGGAGCCCAGCCCUGCACCCCGCCGCCGCUGCCCGAGGGUCGGUCCCGGCUCCCACGCCAAAAGAGGGCGCGAAGGGGCGCACGCGCUGCAGUUGCAGGGGUCCGAGCGUGGCCCGAGGGCAGCGGAGCCCGCGACGCCCGCAGGGAGCUGAACCGGACCCCAGCCGGCGCGCACCGGGCCUGCCCAACCCCCGGAGCCGGCGCGCGGCUCUCACCUGCGCCCCCGCGCCCCACGGCCGACAGGAAGCGCCUGCUCGGUGCAGUAGACGUCCGUGGAAACGGCGGGGAAGGCGGGGGCGAGCCGAGAGGGAAGAGAGGCAGGGGCGGGGAGGGCAGGGUUCCUGUCAUGUGACCCCAGCAGCCCGCCCUCCCAGCGCUGCCUGGAGUGGCGGCGGCAGCCAGAGGAGGGGGCGCCUCGGUGGUCCCCAGGAUUCUCUUUUCACUCGGGGCAUCCCUGGGCCAAGGCCCCGAGGCUCACCACCUGGCACCCACAUUCUUCCUGGGAGCAGGGGGACGGCCAGGAUGCUGCGACAGUGGUCGGGACAGUCGGGGCAGGCCCCGGGGGAGGCAGAACCCCCACCUGCAGGCGAGGAGCUGUGGGAGCAGGAGAUGGAGCGGCUCUACGCCUCCCGGGCGCCGGUGCGGACGCUGCCCUAUGCCAUCGUGGACAAGCGCUUCAUCCGGCACCUGCGGGAGCCGAAUGGAGUGAAGAGCUCGUGCUGGCAGCGGUGGCAGUGCAGGUGGCAGAUCGCACGACGACGCCUGGGGGAGGCGGCGCACCGGCUGGCCCAGGGCUUCGGGCUCUGGGAGGGGGCUCUCUACGAGAUCGGAGGCCUCUUUGGCACCGGGAUCCAGUCCUACUUCACCUUCCUCCGUUUCCUACUGCUGCUCAACGUGCUGACUGUGGGCCUGACUGCCAGCAUGGUGCUACUGCCCCUGGCCUGGCUCCGCCCCCCGGACCCAGGCCCCGCCCAGAACUUGACCCUGCAGUGCCCUGGCAGCCACCAGCCCCAGAUUGGCAUUCCGAAAUUCCACAAUCAACUUUGGAAUGUUUUAACUGGCAGGGCCUUCACCAACACCUAUCUCUUCUAUGGCGGGUACCGGGCGGCGCCCGAGAGCAGCUCUGCAUACAGCAUCCGCCUGGCCUACCUCCUCAGCCCACUGGCCUGCCUGCUCCUCUGCUUCUGUGGGACCCUACGGCGGAUGGUGAAGGGGCUGCCACAGAGGCUUCUCCUGGGCCAGGACUACAGAGCGCCUCUCAGUGCCAAGGUCUUCUCCUCCUGGGACUUCUGCAUCCGGGUCCAGGAAGCGGCCACCAUCAAGAAGCAUGAAAUCAGCAAUGAAUUCAAGGCAGAGCUGGAAGAGGGCCGGCGCCUCCAACUGGCGCAGCAGCGGUCCCCCACCCAGAGGGCCUGCCACCUGCUCACCUUCCUGUGGGUCAACGUCCUCAUCGGGCUCCUGGUGGUUGGGGCCAUCAGUGCCAUCUUCUGGGCCACCAAGUACUCGCAGGACAAGAAGGAGGAGGACCUGUUCGUGGUACUACAAUAUCUCCCCCCAGGGGUCAUCGCCCUGGUCAACUUCCUGGGUCCUCUGCUGUUUGUGUUCCUGGUCCAACUGGAGAACUACCCACCCAGCACCGAGGUCAACCUCACCCUCAUCUGGUGCGUGGUGCUGAAACUGGCCAGCCUGGGCAUGUUCUCCUUCUCCCUGGGCCAGAGCACCCUGUGCAUCGGCGGAAACAGAACCAGCUGCGAGGCCUACGGCUACAACGCCUGUGACUACCAGUGCUGGGAGAACGCAGUGGGCGAGGAGCUGUACAAGCUGAUCAUCUUCAACUUCCUCCUCACCGUGGCCUUCGCCUUCCUGGUCAGCCUGCCUCGGAGGCUGCUGGUAGAGCGAUUCUCAGGCUGGUUCUGGACUUGGCUGGACCGAGAGGAGUUUCUGGUGCCCAAGAAUGUGCUGGACAUCCUGGCAGGGCAGACGGUCACCUGGGUGGGCCUCUUCUUCUGCCCUCUGCUCCCCCUGCUCAACAGCAUCUUCCUGUUCCUCACCUUCUACAUCAAGAAGUACACCCUCCUGAGGAACUCCAGGCCUUCCCCACGGCUCUUCCGUGCUUCCAGCUCCACCUUCUUCUUCCAGCUGGUGCUGCUGCUGGGCCUGCUCCUGGCCGCAGUGCCCCUGGGCUACGUGGUCAGCAGCACCCACUCCUCCCGGGACUGUGGACUCUUCACCAACUACUCAGCCCCCUGGCAGGUGGUCCCUGAGGUGGUGGCCCUGUGGCUCCCGCUGCCUGGCCAGCGUGCCCUCAACUACCUCAGUUCCCAUGCCUUCAGCUUCCCCCUCCUCAUCCUGCUCAGCCUGGUCCUGACCGUGUGCGUGUCCCAGUCCCGCGCCAACGCGAAAACCAUCCAUGAGCUCCGGAAGCAGCUGGUGUGGCAAGGCCGGGAGAAGUGGCACCUGGUGGAGGACCUGUCACGGCUGCUGCCAGAGCCGGCCCCGACCCCUCUCUCCCGAGCUUCGCGCCCACGGUCCUUCUACCCCGGUUUCCCUUGCCCAGGAUCCCCGGGCCCUUCCCGGGUUGUUCCCACUGGGCUGAGCCCCGGGUGUCCGGGCCCCUCCUCCAGAUUCCACUACCCCAGCGGCGGGGCUCUGUAGCGCGGACCCCACGUGCCCUGCCUGGACCCACUUCCUCCCCAGGCCCUCUUAGCCCAUGCUCCAGAGCCCUGGUGACCACUGCCCCUCCCUGCUCCCGGGCCUCCCCCAGGACUCCCCAGAGAGGGCCAGCAGGAAGACAUAGGGAAAUUUCUAUCAUCUAUAUUUUUAUCUUAUCCCUUCGAGUUUCCUUUUUUGUUGCUGUUGACGUUUUAUAAUACACACGUAUAUUAGUA